AUGGGUGAACCGACCCUUGAGCCAGAGUUAACUAACCGGCUAACCCGAUUCCUCCACACGGGUAAUGAGUUUCCUAGGUACUAUCCUGGGUGCUGGACCACUCAUAAGUACUUCGAGGAGGACAAGCUCCCUGUUCUCCCGCAGAUUGCUGAAAUACACCCCGGGAACACUGAAGCUGUUGACAUCAUCCUUAAGGCAAGCCAGGAUGGAUUAUACACUCGAUUUGAUGCCAUCGCAUUUGCACUGGCUAAAUGUCUGCAAAUAGGAAACAAUACCAUGAAAGAAGCUGCCUACAAAGCUGCAAUAAAAAUAUGUGUCACUCCAGAACAAAUGAUGCUCUUCACCAAGUUCACCCGGCUGUUGAAAACUGGUAAUGGCCGUGGGUGGUGCCGGACUGUCAAGGAGUGGUACAGUCGUAAAGAUCCGAUGGAUCUCGCAAAGGAUGUAACGAGAGUCCGCGCACGCCACGGACGAUCUCACAAGACUCUCCUAAGAAAAUGUCAUCUCAAGGUUGCGGCUGAAGAUCAUGCUCGUGAUGCAGUUGUGAAGUACUCUAUCUAUGGUCUCAAGCACGCGAAACAAUUAAUCGGAGACAAACCGGCGACAAAAGAAAUCUUUGAUUACAUCCAGACUGUAGAGGACAUGAGGCACUGCGAGGAUCCCGUCGCAGCCGCGGCGAUAGCCACUCAGAACCAAUUCACACUUGAUCAUGUGCCUGGUCAUUUGUUGACUUCCCAGGAGGUUUGGGAUGCAGUGCUGCCUCAAUUCAGCUUGGAGGAAUUACUCCAGAACAUCCAACGCAUCCACAACAUGGGCUUCUUGUCUAGCGAGUCCACCACCACCUCGAUCCUAGUGUCUCUACUGAGCAACCAGGACAAGAUCAAGAAGUCCAAGGUUACAUCACUGGAAGUUUAUAUCACGAUGGCUAAUUAUGCUAAAAAAUCGAAGCCUAUGAAAUACGAGAAAGCAAAGGUGGCAUUGGAAAGGGAAGCUAGACGCCGCACACGUCAGAUCUUUGACAGCAAGACGGAGACGUGGGAGUGGACCACUACGAAGCGACACCCGAGAGAGAUCAAAAAUUGGGGUAUCGACCAACCACCAAAUCCCGCAGUGUUGACAGCUCUCAACAAACUGGUCGACCUCACCUGGGUACUGACCCCGCCUACUAACGCUCGAUAUCUCAUAACAAUGGACAUGAGACACCACAUGUUCAAAGGUCGUCACUUCUGCAAGACGUUCACAGCCACAGCGAAGAAAGGUAAGAAGGCAGCCGCGAAGCCAGCGCCAGCGACCGGCGGCGGCGACGCUGAUACUGAGAAGAAGAGCAAGAAGCAUCUGCUGGCAGAAUGCUUCUACAACAUGAAUGUUACUCCUGGGCAUGCAGCUAUUGUCCUGGCCCUGCAACUAUUGAAGCGCGAGAACCACGUUGAUUUGGCCGUUUUUACUGAAGAAGGAAUACAGAUAAUCAGUGUUGAACGCAAUUUUAGCAACAUCGAAGAGGCUGAGUUCUUGUUCAGAAAUGCGAACUUAGGACGUGUGCAGUUAGAUGCACCAAUAAACUAUGCUAUAAAUAACCAUAAAAAAUACGACGUGUUUAUCAACAUGGUGGAUCGCACUACGCGCUACAUGGAACUGGACAUUAUCCACCGCGGGGGUCGUGGCCCGGGUGGUCGCUACGGACCCCCGCCGGCCGCCAUCAAAGAAAUACCCGACCACUGCCCCGUACGAGCUUUGCAACGAUACCGUAGCUCUGAGGGCAUUUCCGAAGCUAAGUUGGUGGUGAUGAGCUUGGCUUCUCACAAAGUGUGUACUACGGAUGGUACCCACGAGGGAGUUCUGGACAUUGUUGGUAUCGACGAGUAUGUUCCCAAAAUCCUUGACGCUUUCGUACUCGGCCAGUUCAAGUGA